CUCUGUGUCAGCCUGACCGUCAGCCCAUUCGCAAGUCUGACCCUUAGUUGUCUCUGCCUGGUCGUCAGCGUUAUUAAUCAGCCCGACCGGCAGCCUAUUCCAAAAUCUUCGUCAGCCUACACACACUUCCCAGCACUCCGUCAGCUCGCCCUUCCGUCAGCAUAUUCAUCAGCCAAACCAUCCAGCAGCAUAUUCGUCAGCCUAAACACCCGCCCAGCCCUCCGACAGCCCUCCGUCAGCAAUCCGUCAGCCAUCCGUCAGCCCGGCCUUCCGUCAACCCUCCGUCAACCCUCCGUCAGCCCGGCCUUCCGUCAGCCUCGUCACCCCCCGUCAGUCCGCUCUCCCUCGCCCGCCCCCUUCCCCUACUCAAAACCCGGCUUUCCGUCAGCCCUCCGUCAGCCCUCCGUCAGCCCUCCGUCAGUCCAGCUCUCCGUCAGCCCGGCCCCGCAGCCCACAUCACCCGGCCCUUUUGUCAGCCCUCCGCGCCCUCCGCAGCCCUCCGUCUCCCAGCUCUCCGUAGCCCGCCCCCCGUCCCGCCUAAUCAGGGGCCCCGGCCCUUUGUCAGCCCUACAUCAGCCCGGCCUUCCGUCAGCCCUCCCCUCAGCCCUCCGUCAGCCCUCCGUCAGUCCAGGUCUCCGUCAGCCCUCCGUCAGCCCUCCGUCAGCCCUCCGUCAGUCCAGCUCUCCGUCAGCCCGGCCUUCCGUCAGCCGUCUCAGCGUGACGAAGGUGGCCGGGCCUUUGCGGCGGGAAUCGCUUGUUUGGGGUUCUCAUCGAAUCAGGACGUGA